AUGUCCCAACCACUCCGCAUCGCAAUCCUCGAAUGCGAUACCCCCCUCCCAAACACCGACGCCAAAUACAACGGAUACGGCGGCGUAUUUACCACGCUCCUCGAGCGCGGAGCUAGCACUCUCACACCACCGCUCCCGGUGUCCUCUCUCCAAAUAAGUUCCUACGACGUUGUAACACUUCAGGAAUAUCCUAGCCCUUCAUCCAUUGACGCGAUAUUAAUCAGUGGAUCACGAUUUACAGCCUUUGAUUCCGAGCCGUGGAUAGUGAAAUUGGUCGAGUUUGUGAGAGGACUUUUGGAGCAGGGAAGAGUGAGGGUGGUAGGGAUUUGUUUUGGACAUCAGAUUGUGGGGAGGGCGAUGGGGGCGAAGGUUCAGAGGAAUGAGAAGGGAUGGGAACUUAGUGUUACUCCUGUAGAGUUGACGGGAAAGGGGAAGGAGAUAUUUGGUUUAGAGAGUUUGAAUAUAUUUCAAAUGCAUAAAGAUAUGGUGUAUGAAUAUCCCCAAGAGGUGGAACAAUUAGCAUAUACGGAGAAAUGUGCAACACAGGGAAUGUAUAUUAAAGGGAGAUUAAUGACGGUGCAAGGACAUCCCGAAUUUACAAAGGAAAUUGUGAGGGAAGUGUUGGAGGCAAGACAUGCUUCGGGUAUCUUUGACGAUGCUACUUUUGAGGAUGCAAUGAGUAGGGUUGAUAAGGUCCAUGAUGGUGUGAAAGUAUCUCAAGCUUUCUUGAAAUUCAUCAUGGAAGAUUAG